ACACCAAGGGGACACACGGCAACGGCGGCCCUGAAACCGACCAGCCGAGCCAUUAAUGCCCUUGCUGUCGCUGAGGGCGACUAUAAGCGUUAAUAAUGCUGCUUCCUAAGGGCGGCGUCAGCUGGAAAGCUGCGAGAUCAAGUCUACCACCAACGAGGGCGAUAUGGGUGCUGUUCACCAGGUCGCGGUUCCUGCUUCUCGUCGCCCUCGCCGGCAUAAUAGUCUUGCUAUGGCGAGGCAUCAGAAGCUCUGCGCCUGAUAUGCAAAGGUUCUACUGCUGGGGACCUUCAAAACCACCCAUGGAGAUGACGCCGAACGAACAGGCGUCGUGGACCGCCCACCUCAGUACCCCCGUCAUCUUCAACCACCAUGCCCCGCUCGAGAUCAACUCGUCCACCAUCCAGCAUGUCGACCUGAACCCCAUCAAGUCCACGACAAAGGCCGUGCAAAACAACGAGCGAGUCCUCAUCCUCACGCCGCUCAAGGAUGCCUCUCGGUACCUCUCUAAAUACUUUGAACUUGUCGCCAAGCUGAGCUACCCCCACCACCUCAUCGACCUCGCUUUCCUCGUCAGCGAUACCACCGACGACACUCUGGCCGUGCUCGCCGCGGAGCUCGACCGGAUCCAGAAGCGCCCAGACAGCGUCCCAUUCAGGAGCGCAAUGGUGGUACAAAAGGAUUUUGGCUUCACGCUGAGCCAGGAUGUUGAGGACCGCCACGGCUUCAAGGCCCAAGCGCCACGGCGCAAAGCCUUGGGCAAGGCCCGAAACUACCUCCUCUCCACGGCGCUCAAGCCUGAGCAUUCGUGGGUGUAUUGGAGAGAUGCGGAUAUUGUCGACAGCCCCGAGAAGAUCAUCGAGGACUUCAUUGCCCAUGACCGGGAUGUUCUCGUUCCCAAUAUCUGGUUCCACCGCUAUCAGGACGGCCGCGACAUUGAAGGCAGAUUCGACUACAACUCGUGGGUCGAGUCCGACAAGGCUCGCAAGCUAGCUGCGAGCCUGGAAAAGGAUGUUAUCCUUGUUGAGGGCUACAAAGAGUUCGACACCGGGAGGACGUACAUGGCCAGGAUGGGCGACUGGCGGGACAACAAGGACCAGGAGAUUGAGUUGGACGGCGUCGGCGGCGUCAACAUCAUCGUCAAGGCCGACGUGCACAGAUCAGGGAUCAACUUUCCGUGCUACGCUUUCGAGAACCAGGCCGAAACAGAAGGCUUUGCGAAGAUGGCCAAGCGCGCUGGGUAUGGCGUUUACGGCCUGCCCAACUACGUCGUCUGGCAUAUCGACACCGAUGAGAAGGGCGGAAACGUAUAGGCCGACCACACUCCUUCGCCGACCCGGCCCACGGAAACCAACCCGCCGUGAUGUCGGUCCCCAGAGGAAGCGAUAUUUCCCUGGUUUAUUGUACGACAGCCCAUGACGCAUCUCGAAACAGAACCUCACCAACUUGGGGGGUCAGGCGUUAGGCGGUUAAGACGUGAUUUUGUUUAUUCUCUUCACUGUUUGCAUCUUCUUCGCUCUGUUUCAUUCUCCUUCGAAGUGACGAGCAUGAUGUGGCAUAACACUCGACAACACCGAGCCGACCUCUCGAGGUCUCCUCCGGGUUGGCUUCAUUUUCAUCUUCUUAACCGUGUCGCGGGCACUUCAGAACGGGAACCGAG